UACGCUCGUGCUGUCUGUCUGUGCCUGUCACAGGUCUAUCACCUUUCUAAUUAUAACUCCAUUCCUCUGGCCCUCCAAGAAUGGAAGUUGGGCUGGUCCAUUUGUGGCCUAAACUUAGCGCAGUGUGUCUCGCUGACCCUCAGCGCCGCAGAGCCUUCAUGCGUCUCUCUCGGUGGACACUUCACACUCUACAGGCCGGAGCAGCAUGAGUCUGAUGGACGUAUCUAAGAUCUUCUCUCUUCUUCAACCCAAAGAGGAUGAUGAGGAGGCGUCGGGCUGCAGUCAGGAGCUGAGCCGGGCCGUGCUGCGGGACGACGUGGAUCUGCUGAGCGCUCUGCUGUCUCAGGACAGGUACGGGCGGUGUGUGAAUGUGCUCAGCGGCUGGGGUGUUCCGGUCACUCCGCUGCGCUGCGCCGCCGCUCACGGUCACCUGCGCUGUCUGCAGCUGCUCCUGGCUCACGGGGCCCAGGUCGACAGCCUGGACGUCAAAGCCCAGACCCCGCUGUUCACGGCCGUCUCCGGAAAACACCUGGACUGUGUGAGCGCUUUACUGGACGCCGGCGCUGACCCUAACGGCAGCCCGUACAACAACUGCUCCCCGCUGCUGACCGCGGCCCGAGAGGGACACGCAGACAUCCUGAGAGAGCUGCUGCGGCACGGAGCCGACGUGGACGUCAAGCCCAAGGUCCCCGACUGGGCCUCCAACGCCACGGCCUGCCGGGGCCCGCUCUACAUCUCUGCCUGUUACGGUCAUCUGGAGUGCUUCAAACUGCUGCUGCAGCACGGAGCCAACCCGGACUACAACUGCACCGACGACAAGAUGCUGAGCCGCAUCAAAGAGCCCAGAACUGUGCUGGAGAUGUGUCUGAAGUACGGCUGCGGGCCCCGCUACAUACAGCUGCUGCUGGACUUCGGAGCCAACGUCUAUCUGCCCGCUUUAAUCCUGGAUAAAACCAGCAGAGAGAACGAAGCGGUGACGCUGCUGCUCAAAGAGAGAGUUUGUCCCAGAACUCUGAUGUCUCAGGCCCGGCUCUCUUUAUGGAAGUUCCUUCCCACAGAAAAUAAAAUGUGUCUCAUAGAUUGCCUGGAUAUUCCUAAAAUGCUUAAGGACUAUUUGAAUCACGUAUCCUGAUUUUCUCUUCUGAAUAUACAUAUCUGACAAAUAUUCAUAUCCCUUUUUUGUAAAGCGUUGUAAUAUGUGAUUUUUGUAAUAUUUUCUGUAUUAAUAAUUCUAAACACUACAGAUAAUGUAGCCUUUGAAGGCAUGGUUAGAAGUAUGUGUUUGAGUCAAUGAACGUGAAUGAAAGCUCUAAUGGUUGAACUGAUUAUUAAAGAGCGUCUCAUCUCAGGACUUCUCAUCUAUUUAUGAAGGAUUUGGUACAUGUUUGUGAUUAAUUCAUAUAUAUUUUAUUAUACGUGUGAUAAUGCUGAAGUUUAACGUGGUUUAUUUGAACGAGAUGAGAAGGGGAUCGUUUUCAUUCAGUUUGUUUCAUCUGGACAUCAAUAAACUCUUGUUACUCAAGUCCACGGUUCAUGUUGUUUCACUGCAGCUUUUAGAAAUCCUCAUGUUAAUGUUGUUAAUGUUUUCAUUGCCAGUCCACAGCCAACAGUUUAGAGCUGACAGGAUUGUUCUGACUGUACCGUACAUCUGGGGACGAAGCUGGGUUUUUAUUAUUCUUAUUGCAACGAAUGAAAAGUAUCUGAUGAUCUGAAAGGUCGGGCUCCUCCUCAGCUCUUCAGGCAGAGGGCGCUCUCUCCACAUCUCCAUCAUCAUCUCCAUCAUCAUCUCCAUCAGAGCUGCUCCAGACCAAUCCUGCAUCCCUGAUCAAACACACCUGAAUGUCUUCCAGAUCACUGGAACUUACUCGAGUUAAUCCGUCUCUUGUUAAAUAUCCUUCACUUUCCUUCGUGUCUCUAAUCUGUGCACUAUUUGUUAUUAUUGUCUUUGGGGAAAAAUGCAUUCAGUUUUGAGCGGGUUUCAGUGGAGGCACAUGUCUGCAAUUUAACAUUCAUUUUGUAUUGCUCUGACUGUACGAUAAGAAACAAAAUGCUGUUUUAUAAGAGAAGCCACACUAUUAAAUUGCUCUGAAUUUGAGAGCAUGACGGGCCACAAUGAGAUUUAAAGUGCUAACAAGGCACAUGAAUGUGAGUUUAAUAUCACACUUUCUUCUGUGAUUGAAGGCUGGUGUCUCUGCUGUGAGAGAAAUCCGACUGCUUCAUGUUCCUAUGUCCAGAAAAGACAUUUUAAAGACAUAUUAUCCUAUAUCCACCAUCCAGAUUGAAUGUCUCUGUGUGUCGUUCUUCGCAUGAAAAGACGACUGAAUAGUGAAUAAGUGUUCUCUCUUCUAAAAUGUUAGAUUUUGAGACACAGCUCUGUCUUCAAUGACUGUUUUAACGAUGUUUCAGUUGAUCUGAAAAGGAGUGAGAGAGCAGGAAAUGGGGCUGGCAUCAGAACAACACGACCUCCCUCUGCAACAAUAAACAACACGCAUCAUAUCCUGCUGUAAAACACCUAUUAAUAGUCUC